AUGGCACCGGACGAAUACCAGAAUCGAUUUUACACAUUGGCGACGAUGUUGCCCAUCCUCGUCUUGCCCACAUUCUCCCUCUGGCAGUGGGAAAACACCCGCGACUACGACCAAACAGACACAAGCACUAUGAUCUGGACCUGUGCCAUUACCGGCACAAUAGGCAUAAGCCUAGACAUUGCGCUUCAAGGGCUUUUUUCGUAUGGGGCUGCCCUCUUGCUCUUCCGUAACGACGCGAAGAAGUACAUCAAGGAAUUCACGAUCAGCGAAGACAAAAUCAAGGAUGCAGCUCACCGAGCAACGAGAAGAGACAUGUCUCGCCGUUGGCAGUACUGGGUCUUCCUGCUCAUCUUCUGCUUCGUCAUGGCCGGCGCGCUCGAGGAAGGUCUCAAGUACUUCUCACUUACGGGUGCUCGCAAGUAUGGAAAAGUCGUUCAAGAGCGAGACUACAUUACGAUUCCUGUUGCAGCUGCGGUGGGCUUUGCAACCAUUGAAAACAUGGCCUUCGCAUACGGGGCAUAUAAAAGCGGUGAGAGUCCGAUCAGACUUGCCAUGACGAUCCUGGAGCGGACAGUGUUUGGUAUUCCUGGACAUGCCAUGACGGCGGCACUCAUCGGACUUAAUGUGCUGGUACGCGAUAUCAGACAGGAAACAAUGAAUAUGUGGCAGAUCCUGCUUGAGCCUAUACUAUUCCACGGCUGCUUCGAUUUUAUGUUGUUCGCAAUCAGCGCGUACGAUGGCAAUAUUGGCUGGGUCCAUCCAAAAGGGGCGUCCAAGAUAUGCGUCACACUUGUCCUCGUUGUCGGCAUCCAGCUCUGUCUGGCCUUGGUAGUGAAGCAGCGGUUGGACCGAUAUGAUAUAGGCUCGUGA